UCCCUCCAAUUUCCCAUCCCUCCGCCGCUCCAAUCCAUCGCCCCUUCUCCCAUCCCUCUCCUCCCCGAUCUCCAUGGAAUCCCUCGCACCAUCGGAGCCCUCCAUCUCUUGCGAUCAGAAGCUCUCCUCCUCUCCUCGCCCUCCGAUCAAAUCCCGGCCAUUGGUCGCCGCCCCGUCACCCUCCAAGGCCGCCCCCUUCGACCAGAUCUGCACGCCUGAGAAGCCGGUCCAGCUCCCGGGACGGGCCAGGAACCGGAGCGUCGCCUUCUCGGUGAAGGAGGUGAACAAGGUCGCCCUCGGCCUGCAAAGAUCAGCGUAUCGGUCCGAUCUCACUCGAUCCGAUGACGAUCUCUUGUCUGUGGAGGAGCAGAUGGAGGCCGGCUCGGGGUCUGGUUCAGUUCACAAGCCAUCGAGGGCUAAAACCCCUGUCAAGCUCCCAGAAAAGUAUGAGAUACUGUGUGAGUUCUUCAACUGCAUGGAGAGCUCGAUUCGUUUGCUUAGAUUGAAAGGAACCAUGUCAACAUUUUCUAAUGUCUGCACUAGUAUUCGGCAGUUGACUGAGCGGAGGUUUACUUAUGGGCAUUUAGCGCAAUUGAAAUACAUACUGCCUGAAGCCAUUUCAAUCAAGAAAGUGCUUUCCCAUGAUGAGAUUACUUGCUGUAUGAAGCCAGAGCUUCAAGUCGCUCUCCAGAUUGAGGCAAUAGCUAACAAUGUAAAGCCAAAAGAUGGAGGUGCAUAUUCAAUAUUGAGAAAAGUUUUCAGAGAAAGGCUUCUGGAGUUCUUCAAAGAACAUCCAGAGGGAGAUGAAAUUCCAGAGGAACAACUUCCACAUCCAUUCAGUCAAACAAAGCCGACCAUACUUCCACAAGUUACAAGAGUCUCCACCAAUUCAACGUUUCUGGAACCUUCCUCAGACACACCAUCACAGCAGCAAUUUGCAGUGCCUUCUCACAUGUCUGGAUCUUUUCAGAGGCGGUUCUUUCGGAAAAUUCCCAUAUCUGAGGCAGAGAAAACAUCUCUUACAUGUUUUAACGAACCUUCUCCUAAAGAAGAUCCUUUUAUAUCUGUUGUUCAAUCUCCUAUAAAAUUCUCUACAAAGUCACUAGUAUCUGAGAAACCCUUGAUUAGUUCCCCCAUUUUAAAAGCCUCAUCGAGCAACAGCAGAACUCAUGAAGAGGAGACCAAAAGGUUGAAGGCUGACAGUCAUUUUGCAAAGGAUUUAAAUAAUAUAAAGGGAACUCCUGCCAAACUUAUUUCUACUCCUGCCAGGCUGAUGGCUACUACACCAGAAAUUCAAACAUUAAAGAGAUCUCGCCCAACCAUGGAUCAUGAUACACCACCAGCCAAGAAGUCAGCAAAACGGUCAACACGGGCCAAGUUAUUUGCAACUCCAACAAAGAGCCCCAAAGCAUUGGAUGAACAUGAUAGAAGCCCAAGUUUGUCCACUGAUGAUGAUGUCCUCCAUUUUCUUCCAGAGACUCUAUUGCAAUCUGUAAGAGGGAAGGAGAAGAAAGCACUGGAGGAGAAACAGGCUGGAGUUGCCAAUGCAAUGAGACGACAAAAGUUGAUAGCAUGCUUGCCCAGUACUUUUGACAUGAUUUUGCUUAUAUUUCAGUCAGCUAAACGAUCUGUAAUGACGAAGCAUGAGCUUAUUUACAAGAUAAUUGCAAGUCAUUGUAAAAUAGUGGAUAGAGGUGAAGUUGAAGAACAGUUGAAAUUGUUACUAGAACUAGUUCCAGAUUGGAUCUCUGAAAAGACAGUAUCCAGUGGAGACAUUCUUUGUUGUGUUGACAAGAUAUCAAGUGCAGAGGAGAUCCGACAAAGACUAGCUGAAGCUCGGUGAGAAAAUGCACCUGAAAUCCUGUAGCUUAUGAGGCCAUUGUUGGCAUAGACAAGUUUGCUUCAAACAUGGCUGCAAGGAGUGGAAGGACUGUGGAAAGAGCUUCCAGACAUAUACUACUUGAAAAAUUCAUGCGGUGGUUACUAAAAAGGAUGCUGAUAUAUGGACCUUCUCCCCAUUAAAUUGGGCAUUAUGUACUUAUAUAUAUAUAUAUUGUUUUAUUGGGGGUUCGGGGGCGGGGGUGGUUUGCUAAUUACAGUACUGCAAGCAAGCGCAAGCUUUAAAGAAAGCUUGCUUGGUACAAGUGCUUAAUGGAUGUAAAAAUAUUCUCUUCCACUGUUACCUCUGCAGCAGUAUUUUGUAAAGUGAUACUUAUUA